GGAUGUCAUCAGAUGACGUAAGAGGCGUGCCGUCGGGUUCUUCGAGCGGGACUUUGGUUAACUUGGCCUAUUACGGAAACAAAGUUUAGUCACUUUUUAAAAUAACUUCUUGUGAUUUACUAGACAUGGAAGCGGAUUUGCCACCCGGUCUUGCGUGUCUCAAAAAUGUGGAUGCCCUGCUUCGGUGUCCAAUUUGCUUUGACUUCCUCAAUAUAACAAUGAUGACUAAAUGCUCUCACAACUUUUGCUCCCUGUGCAUCAGAAAAUUUCUUUCCUAUAAGUUGCAGUGUCCACUUUGCCAUACACAAACAACAGAACCAGACCUAAGAAAAAACCGUUUACUGGACGACUUGGUUGCAAACUUUCAAGCUGCAAGGCAGCAGUUGUCAAAAGCAAACUUUGACUCUCCUCCAAUAUCACCAAAGACCCCAGCUUCAGCUGUCAAAUCCAAAACUCCCAGAAAGAGGGGCCAGAAGUGCAACAGCUCUGUUUUGAGUCAGUUUUUCCAAAAGAGACCAAAGACAUCUCUCUCUAAAGAAACCCAGCAAGAUGGGUCCAUCUCUGAUUGCGUUGAGCCAGGGAAAACUGCAAAUACCCCUGACCUACAUUCAGCAGCUGCUCAGCUUCCAGUGUCUGUGAAGGAAGAGCUUAUGGAUGUAGAGGAGGCAUCUAUCCAGGGUUUGAUGUCAGUCAAACAGGAGGGCACAUUCUCUCACAGUUUCAGCGCUGGUGUUGAGCAGGCCCAUUCCUCGUCACCAUCAGUAGAUACAAAUCUCUUAAUCAAAGUGGAGUGCCCUGUGUGUUCUGUUAGUGUGUCGCAGCAGUUUAUCAACAAACAUCUGGACACGUGUCUUGCCAGUGGAGAGAAGAAAGAAAGCCUAAGGAGCUCCAUUAGCAAUACGAGGCGUCCAGUGGCCAAGCUGGUCUACAACCUGCUUUCCACACAGGAGCUGAAAAGGAGGCUGAAGGAAUGCCAUCUCUCAAUGCAGGGUUCUCGAGACCAGAUGAUUAAAAGACACCAGGAGUUUGUCCACAUAUACAAUGCCCAGUGUGAUUCCCUAAACCCAAAAUCAGCUGAAGAUAUUGCCAGAGAGGUGGAGGCCAACGAGAAGAUCAAGAAUCAGCUGCAGGGGAAAGCCAAACCUGUCAUGGUUUUCUCGAAGAAUCAAUCUGAGAAAGAGAUUGAGGAGAUACAUUCAAAUUAUAGGAAGCAGCACAGCAGCGACUUUUCUCGCCUGAUUGCACAGGUCCGGGGUCGUCUAGAGACUGCUAAGCAGACUCGUAUCAAACAGGAAGUUAUUGAGGAAGGAGAGGAUGCACAAACACUUCAGUCUGCAGAUCAAGCUGCAGAAUCAGAGAACUGCUUAGUGAUGAAGGUAGAAGACGGAGACGAGGAGCCAUCUGCGAGAGGGGUCUCAUUGUCACCCAGCACCUCUUAUAGUGACGUGUCUAUCAGCAGUUCUAUUUCUGACAUCUUUAGUCCAGAGCCUGCCAGAAAUCUUGAUGAGGCAGAGAAGACUCCAGUCCAAAAGCUGAACAUCCAGCUCCAGAGGAGAGCAUCCCACUUCGCCUGUCUCGAGGAAACGGAUGUUUAAAACGUAAAGAUGGAGAUGAAUGUAAAGGAUGGACCCUG